AUGGCGCAUAGAAUACUGAGAGAUCACGAGGCUGAUGGAUGGGAACGCUCUGAUUUCCCAAUCAUCUGCGAGUCUUGUCUCGGUGACAAUCCUUACGUGCGAAUGACAAAGGCAGAUUAUGAUAAGGAAUGCAAGAUCUGUACACGACCAUUCACGGUUUUCAGGUGGCGACCUGGCCGGGAUGCUAGAUACAAGAAAACCGAAGUUUGUCAGACUUGCUGCAAGCUCAAGAAUGUCUGCCAAGUAUGUCUCUUGGAUCUUGAGUAUGGUCUUCCUGUUCAGGUCAGAGACACGGCCCUCAACAUUAGCACUCAUGACUCUAUCCCAAAGAGCGAUGUCAACAGGGAGUUUUUUGCUGAAGAGCAUGACCGUAAGACAAGAGCUGGACUAGAUUAUGAAUCUUCUUUUGGGAAGAUUCGACCUAAUGAUACCAUUCGUAUGCUUCAAAGAACAACGCCAUACUACAAAAGGAAUAGAGCACAUAUUUGUAGUUUCUACAUUAGGGGAGAGUGUACAAGAGGUGCCGAGUGCCCAUACCGCCAUGAGAUGCCUGAAACAGGAGAGUUAUCCCAGCAGAACAUAAAAGACCGUUACUAUGGUGUGAACGAUCCAGUAGCUCUGAAGUUACUUGGAAAGGCUGGUGAGAUGGGCACUUUGGAAUCUCCAGAGGAUCAAAGUAUCAAAACGCUUUAUGUUGGUGGGCUAAACUCGAGAGUCCUUGAGCAAGACAUACGAGAUCAAUUCUAUGCCUAUGGAGAAAUCGAGUCCAUCAGAAUCUUGGCCGAGAAAGCAUGUGCGUUUGUCACAUACACAACCCGAGAAGGAGCAGAGAAGGCUGCAGAAGAGCUCAGCAACAAGCUAGUAGUCAAUGGUCAGAGGCUUAAACUCACAUGGGGAAGACCUCAAGUUCCCAAAACCGACCCAGAUGGCGGCUCGCAGCAACAAGGUGGUGUAGCUCACAGUGGAUUGCUACCGCGAGCUGUAGUAUCUCAGCAGCAGAAUCAACCCCCACCAAUGCAGCAGUACUAUAUGCACCCACCACCACCACAACCUCCUCAUCAAGACAGACCUUUUUACCCAUCAAUGGACCCUCAGAGAAUGGGUGCAGUCAUUUCAUCCCACGAUAGCGGUUCAAGCACCAGUGACAACAGAGGAGCUUCUUCUUCCCCUUACCCUAUGCCGCCACAUGGCCAUUAUCCACACCAGCCAUACCCCCCGCCACCAUAUGGAGGAUAUAUGCAACCAUCUUACCAGCAGUACCCUCCUUACCACCAUGGCCCACCACAAGCUACUCAUCCUUAUCCGCAACAACCAGGUCCCGGUUCAAGGCCUAAUCCUCUUCCUCCAAGCUCAGUCUCUGCGCCACCACCUGACGCUGGGUCUGGGGGGCCUUCAGGAUCUUUUCAGCUAUCUGCUGAUGCUGCUGUUACUAGUUCGUCUCAAUAG